GGGAGACGGGGAGCAGCAGCAGCAGCAGCGGCAGCGCAUGGUGGUGGUGGUAAAAGGACGGGGGGAUUGGACAGCGACGCUGAUCAUUUAUGCCCGCCGUCUCUCAAGCUAGCUGCUAGCUAGGGUUUACGCCGGUCGGGGUCCGGGAGCUGGCGGCCGGGGGACGGGCAGUCGAGUUCGGCGGCGGCGAGAUCUACUUGCUGGUGGUCGCCGGCACAGAGGAAAUUCAGUUGAUUUAGAAGGAUUUUUGCAGCCCAUUUCUUGAGAUCCCUGGAGAUAAUUCCGGUCUCCGGUGCCGCGACGAUGACGAGCGCCGCCGCGCUAAGAUGAUACGCGGCAGCAACCAACAGCAGGCGGCGGACGAGGAGCUAGCCCGGAAGAACGCCGCCGUGGCGACAUCGCGGCAAUGGUCGGCGCAGACGGAGUCGCGCAUCGUGCGCGUCUCCCGCGUCUUCGGCGGCAAGGACCGCCACAGCAAGGUGAAGACCGUCAAGGGGCUGCGCGACCGGCGGGUGCGCCUCUCCGUGCCGACGGCGAUCCAGCUCUACGACCUGCAGGACCGCCUCGGCCUUAACCAGCCCAGCAAGGUCGUCGACUGGCUCCUCAACGCCGCGCGCCACGAGAUCGACAAGCUGCCGCCGCUCCAGUUCCCGCCGCAGGACCUCAUGGUAGGCCACCUGGCGCCCCCCAUGCCACUGGUGCACGAGGAGAAGUUCGCCCACAUCGCCGCGGCCGCGGCGCUCGCGAGCGACGGCGCCAAGGCCGGCCAGGGCGACGUCGACAUGGACGGGAGCGGAGCCGCCGGCCACCACAUGGGGAGGUUCCCCGGCGGAUACCACCGGUUCAUGGGGCUGAACAACGCGUUCGGCAUGGUCAGUAGCGCAAUGGCGCCGUACAACAGCUACACCGGAGAGGCAUGGAAUAACAGCAGCGUGCAUGACAACGGCGGCGGCGGCGGCGGCGGCGGCUCGCCGCAGGUGGCAGCCGCUGCGGCCGCUCACCACUCGCCGUUCCCGUCGUUGCUCUCCUUGGCUCCAGGGCCGCAUCAGCUGGUAUUCUACUCCUCGGAAGCUGAUCAGCAGUUCCAGGUGGAUAACCUUGGCUCGCAAAGCCUGUCCUUGAGCUCGGCAAGGGCUUACCAUGAUCAGGCUAGCUAGACUACCGGAACAGCUCUUCGAUCGAGAUUAAGGUAGGAAUAAUGCUCUCUGAUCCCAAAGUCCCCAAGUACAACCUAGCUGGUACAAGUGUGAUGACAUUGGUUUCUAAGUGCCUUUUAAGCUAUAAUUAAGCUUGUAAUGAUUUCGUAAUUAGUAUGAUGCUAGACCUGAAAAAACAGAAUAAAAUCUGAGGGGCUUGCAGCGUACGUGUGUGGGUGCGAUACGAAUUUGUUACUUCUUUUUAUACACAAAGGAGUAAUGGUAGAUCGAUGUGUGCUGGCUUGUACAAUAACAAUAUGAAAUCUUUAUUAUAUUUUUGAAUUAGACCUUUGUUUGGCUA